GUUAGACACUGACAAGAGCAGCAGCAGCACCUGACCCAACAGGUUAGACAGCACUGACCCAGGAGGACAGACACCACCUGCCCCUGAGGGACAGACACCAUCUGCUCCAGGAGGACAGACGUCUCCUGGAUAAUUGUAUACCUCAGUUGUUGAGACAGUUCGUGGAUGUGAAGCCACUGCGCUCUCUCCCCUCGGCCUGUUGCUUCUCCACACCAUCAGCUGUGUCUAAACCCUGCUCUCCAGCUUCACUCUGCUCCGUUCAUUGUUGACCCUCCUUGUUCUCGUCUUCCUCCUCUCAGAAACUGGUGCCGCCAUGGAGAAUAACUGCACCUUCCUAUACUUUGCAUAUGGUAGCAACCUGCUGAAGGAGCGGCUGCAGCUCCGCAAUCCUUCUGCAACCGUCAACUGUGUGGCCAUGCUCAAGGACUAUAAAUUGGAGUUUGGGAACCAUAAAGGCCUUGCCAGUGUCCGUUGGCAUGGAGGUGUGGCCACCAUAGAGCACUGCCCAGGGGAGGAGGUGUGGGGUGUGGUGUGGAGAGUGGACAAUUCUGAUCUGGAGUCUCUAGACAGUCAAGAAAAUGUGACAUUAGGCAGGUACAACCCUGUGGAUGUAUCAGUGAACACAAAAGGACAGGAGCUCAACUGUCGUACCUACAUAAUGAACAGCUGCGUGUACGCCCCACCAUCACCACAUUACCUACAGGUGAUUGUGAUGGGAGCAGAGCAGAACGGCUUGCCAAGGGAGUACCAGGAGAAGCUGAGAGCAAUCAAGACCAACAUGUAUGAGGGUCCCCUGCCCAUGAUGGCUGAACUAGCGAAAGCCAGAAGAGCAAAGGAGAAGGCCAACCAGCGCUCUGACGCUUGAAGAUUCAGCCUGCGUCAGGACCAGUUUUUAUAAUAGGAAACAACCGUUACUACUGUUUACUUCAUGCUUAACUCAAUCCCACCUGCCACGUCUAUGACAAAGACCACUGUCAACCAAAGAUAUAAUAAAGAACUUAUGGGUUCA